AUUCACUUGCAGCCCAGCAUGCCGGACUUCGCGGCGCAAGAAUACUGGGACAGCAGGUUCAGCAAGGAUCCGAAGCCCUUUGAUUGGCUCCUACCCUCCAAAGUGCUCUUCGAUAUCUGUAAGGAAGUGCUCGAAAGGGCCACCUUGCUGAGCACAGCAGAGCCCGAGAUCUUACACAUUGGCUGCGGCACUUCAGAAAGCCAUCCUUUCCGCACUCUUCCGGGCAUCAAGGAUCCAAAGCAGAUCUUGAACGUGGACUAUUCUCAGCCCGCGAUCCAAGCUGCCUCAAAGCGGGAGCAGGAAAUCCUGGCCGAUGAGCAUGUUCAGAGCCUUCUUGAGCCAGGCGCCAAGCAUGAUAGCGUCCAGCAAUCGGAGCUGCCACCACCCAUGGGCUGGUUAUGCAUAGACCUCCUCUCGCUGCAUUCUGCUCUGUCACUGCUCCAUUUGAGGAUGAAGGCCGGCAAGCUAUUUGACAUCGUGCUAGACAAAAGCACUAGCGAUAGCAUAGCAUGUGGGCCUGCAGUGGACACGACACUGCCAUAUCUGCUGUCCAUCAAUGGCUGGACAAGCCGCAUCUCUGGCAGCGGGACGGCUCAGCUAGCAAGUGUUCACCCAUUGCACAUCCUGGCUGUUCACCUAGCCGCGCUCACGAGGCCGCGAACCGGACGGUGGAUCGUGGUAUCUUACUCGGAAGACAGGUUUCCAUUCGUCCCACCCUUUCCUGCCACUGUCGGAAACGGCCUACUAGCAGACGACAUCAUCAAGGCUGGGUUCCCGCAUCCGCAUCAGCUCUGGAGACUCGAGGCAAAAGAGCAAAUCGAGCCUGAGGAGCACAACGAAACUCUGGCGGAGCGCAAGAAGCGCAUUUCUUCGGGCUAUGUGCAUCGGCCAAGAGUCUCACAUUGGCUAUACAUUUUGCGGAGAACAGACGCUUUGGUCACGGACUAAAUCCAAAUCUAAUUCUACCUACGAUGAAGAUCUCGAUUGUGCAAGAUGGCCGAUCGUAGCUCGACUCACAAUGUGUGCCUGAAUCCGUUCUGGCCUUCUAUGAUCAACUCGCCGCGAUCCGCUUUGCGAUUACUCCUCGCAUAUAUCCAGAAAUUUUGAAGACAUGUAGAAUGCUCACAGCUUGCGUGGCGAUUGCAAUACCCAUUGCUGGAACAUAGCGUGGUGCAUCCUGCUGCCGAAAGAU